AAUCGAUACCUUCCGCGUAUAUUGGCGGAAGUGUCUGUGGAUGGCAUAAAAUAAGGGCCUGACAGAAAAAGAUUUUGUUGCCUAAUAACGAAUGGGGCAGUUCAGUGGUUUAAACCAAUAAACCACGAAACCAAGCACAUCUGAAUACUUUGUGAUAACCUGUUGACGGGACCAAACAUGCUUUCUGGAUGGUUACGUGUCAUACUGUUCUCAGUUGUGUGUUUAGGAGGAUUUCUGAUUCUAUUUCUAAUGUACUAUAAAUCGGUUCCAUCUCGGCUCUGCCCUCCCCAUCCUGCUGUGUCAGUUUCUUACUCAAGGAAACAUGAGAACAGCUCCUUGUCUAAGAAGCAGCCAGAGAAACCCAUGAUGCUUUUGUGGUUCUGGCCUGAAAAUCGCAAAUUUGAUUUUAGUGAUUGCGCCACUUUGUUCAACAUCGAUGGUUGCCACCUGACAGAUGAUCAAUCUCUUUAUGAAGAGGCGGACAGUGUGCUCAUUUUUCACAAAUCCAUCAAAAACGAUUUAACCAACUUGCCUUCAAUUCGACCACCAUUCCAGGAGUGGAUCUGGUACCACAUGGAAUCACCUACAAACACAGUAAAGAUACCGGGUAUAGAGAACCUUUUCAACUUGACCUUGAGUUAUAGGGAGGAUGCAGACAUCCCUGUGCGUUGGCGCUUGACCGCAAGGAAAGGCAUGGGUGAGGACUUCGUUCUGCCAAAGAAGGAUAAACUAGUUUGCUGGAUUGUGGAUGACAACAACGCUGAAACCGAAACGGGGGUAAGGAGUAAAUAUUACAGUGAACUUGUUAAAUAUAUUAAGGUGGAAGACUUGGGUAAUUUAAGAUCUGAGGACUACUUUUCAGUACUCUCCAGCUGUAAGUUUUUCCUGUCCUUUGAGAACUCAAUCCACAAAGACUACAUCACUGAGAAAUUAAAUGGACCACUUGUAGCCGGUACUGUGCCAGUAGUAUUAGGCCCACCGCGACAGAACUAUGAGGUCUUUGUCCCUGGAGAUUCCUUCAUCCACGUUAAUGACUUUCCCAAUGCCAAAGCAGUGGCAGAAUUCCUCCUGAAGUUGGAUAAGGAUGACUCUGCAUAUCUGCGCUACUUUCAGUGGCGUAAAAACUUCUCUGCUCAGCGCCAUCUGGUUCAGCUAAAUCAAGAAUUCAUCCAAGCUAUUUGCUAUGCCUGUGACCAUGUAGGCAAACACAGAGAUUACAGGGUUGUUCAUGAUAUUUACAAGUGGCAUUUUGGGUGAACAGUCACUUAAUGAUUAGCCAUUGAGAAUAAACAUGCAAUGGUUAGUAUCUUAACAUUCACAUUGCCACAUUAUCCUAUAUUUAUGUUAAAGAAAAGGCUGUAUAUAUUUCUGGAGUCAGAUACUUAAAAAAUAUUCAUAGGUUCAUCAUCAAGCAUAUUAUAAAUGUUUUUUUUUUUAUCUACAAUGUAUGUGAAUUAUGUGUAUUUUUAAUAACUUCAUCUAUAUUAAACAUUGAUGUCAAUUGUUUUUAAGUAGAUGCAGGGCUUAAAUGGGUGCGAUGGGUGUUUCCACUGUGUGAAUUUCAUCAUGGCAACUCAGUAGUGUGUUUGGCCCCCAUGUGCCUGCAUGCACUCCCUGACAGUAGC